AUGUCGUCGGAUGUACUCGAGGAGAUAUUUUUAAUGUUAACCGAAAUAGAUUCUUCAUCUGCCUAUUAUGAUCACUCUGCUCUGAAAAAUCUUCAUUCGUGUUUAUUGGUGAAUCGACAAUGGUGCGAAAUUGCCGUACGCAUCUUAUGGAAACGACCGUUCACUCCAUUUCACAACGGAGGCCAUAAAAUAAUAACUACCUAUUUACGAGGAUUGGAUAUCGAGGAGAGAAGAGAUUUAAAGAUGAAGGGAAUUAAACUGCCCACCGUCUCUCCAAUUCCCUUGUUCAACUAUCCCUCUUUCAUUCGUCAUCUCGAUUACGGUGAAAUGUUGUAUGCCGUAGAAGUUUGGUGCAGCAACCUACCUAAAAGAAGACCGAACGCUGUCAUAUCGAUCAUGAGAGUAUUACUCAGACUUUUCUUGUAUAACGCUGGCCCUCUUUCAUCGUUAAAGCUUGCAACCGUCGGUGAAGAUUAUCACGAUGAAAAGUGUAUGAUCUUAACCGAACACGACAUCCGAGGCCUAAUCACCUCGGUGAGAACUCUUUCACUUGAUGGAUUCGAUCACAAUCAACAAGGCUUACUUCUUAGACUACCGGACUUGUGCCAGAAUGUGGAGAAUUUACAUCUUCGCGGGUGGUACGGACAUCAACCGUGCAAGGUUGGCAUAACACCUGAUGACUCGGCUGCAAUCUCCUUACGAAGGUUAGUAAAAGCGCAAAAGAACUUGAAGACCCUCGACAUGAUUGAUUGCAAAGCAUAUCUCGGCUACAUAAUAUCGGCCUUGGAUACACAAUCGAUAUCAUUAACAUCGAUGAAAUUUCGGCUGGUGGAUUUUCAGGAUUGUGGUCCAUGGGAGGGUUUGGCAUCUUGUCUGAACUUGAAAAACUUGGAAUUUUGGUUUUGCAAGGGGAUCACCCACAAAAUGAUCACACCGUUGUUGAACGGUAGAAUGUCCACUAAUCUGAAGGAGGUGAAGUUGUCACAGUAUGGAAAUGGAUGCGCGGAGUUCAACCUCUGG